UCAAUUGUUUUUAACGGCAAAAAUAUUUACAAACUCAAAUAAAUUAAUGUUUAGUUUGUGUUGGAGUGAACGGAAAGGACUCCAAUUGCGGUCUCUGAUAUUUCGUCUAUCUUCCCUGAUGAUGGGCUCCUUUCGAAACAAAUCUCAGCCCUCCAAAAGUCCGAAGGUAAAUAGAGGAUGGAUGGGUCGGAGCUUUCAGCCGGAGAACUUCAUUCCCGGACUCGUAAUCGGUUUCAUUUUCGGCAUUUUAUUGGAUUUAUCAAAACCCAUCAGAAGGAAUUCCAGUAUAGGAACAAAAACCAUUGGGGUAAAACCCAAUUCAAGUAAUCCUGAUGAAGAUUUCAAAAUGGUUCUGGUUGUUAGACAAGACUUGAAGAUGGGUCAAGGAAAGGUUGCAUCUCAGUGUGCUCAUGCUGCCACUGGCUUAUAUGCUAAACUGAUGCAAAGUGAUCAAAGUCUUUUGCGUCGGUGGGAGCGUUGUGGGCAGGCCAAAAUAGUUGUCACGUGUAAAAAUCAACAGGAAAUGAAUAAGCUGCUGGAAGCAGCUGAGGGGAUCGGCCUUCCAACAUAUGUUGUCGCUGAUGCAGGACGCACACAGGUCUCUGCAGGGUCCAAAACCGUUCUUGCUAUCGGUCCUGGUUACAAAUCCAUUGUUGAUUCGGUAACGGGGAAGCAACGAUUGUUAUGAUGUCAACUAUCGCGUUGGGAAUCAGUGUUGGAUGAUUCAAGUCUAAUGAAGCUAGAUGGUUAGGCAGUUAGUUCUAUAUGGUCCGGUCCUAAUACUUACUCAUGUUUGUUGUUUUAAUAUUGUUUUAUGAAGAAUUAAGGGCCAAAAUCAUAUAAAACAUCCACAAAAUUACCAGCUUCAAUGUUCACAAAACAAACCUACAGAUUAAAUUUUGGAUGCAAGUGACUUUUUAACAA